AUGGGUGCUCUCUGCGAUUUCUGUGGGGAGCAGAGGUCCAUGGUUUACUGCCAAUCAGAUGCAGCAUCCUUGUGUUUAUCAUGCGACCGUAAUGUGCAUUCAGCUAAUGCUCUUUCUCGGCGCCAUACAAGGACCCUUUUAUGUGACCGGUGUGCUUCACAGCCUGCUAUGGUCCGCUGUCUAGCAGAGAAUGCCUCGCUUUGCCAAAAUUGUGAUUGGAAUGGCCACAUUGCAGGAUCCUCAGCUGCCGGACACAAAAGGCAGACUAUAAAUUGCUACUCAGGAUGUCCAUCAUCUGCAGAACUUUCUAGAAUAUGGUCCUUCGUUUCAGAUAUUCCUAAUGUAGCACCUGAGCCGAACUGUGAGCAAGGAAUAAGCAUGAUGAGCAUCAGCGACAGCGGUGUCAGUAAUCAAGAUAAUGCUGCAGGGGACAAUAAUUUGUUAGAUAUAGCUAGUGCAACACUUAUAAGUGAUCUUGGUACUUGUGACAAGCCUUUGGUAGGUUCCUCUUCAGGAGCUGGAGUGAACCUGCUUCCGCUUGCUACUGAUCAGACAGCUGGAUCUGUGGAUUCCACACCAGAUAAGGUGCCCUAUACACCAGAUAAAGAUAUGUUCAGUAAGGACAGCAUAUAUGAAGAUUUUUGUGUGGAUGAUGUUGACCUUGCUUUCGAAAAUUAUGAAGAACUCUUUGGUACCUCUCAUAUUCAAACAGAGCAACUAUUUGAUGAUGCUGGAAUAGACAGUUACUUUGAAGUGAAGGAAGCACCUGCUGGGAAUUCCACCGAGCAAUCCAAGUUGAAGCAACCUGAAAAUAGCAAUGCGGUAUCUGCUGACUCUGGGAUGUUGAACCCAGGAGUGAAAGGUGAUUCUAGUGUUUGUAUCCCUUUGAGGCAGGCUAGGUCUAGUCUGUCUCUUUCCUUUUCCGGUUUGACUGGUGAGAGUAGUGCUGGAGACCACCAAGAUUGUGUGGUAUCAUCAUUGCUCCUUAUGGGUGAGCCUCCUUGGCAGCCUCCUGGCCCUGAGGACUCAAUUGCUGGAGGUAGUAGAGACAGCGCUAUCACACGAUACAAGGAGAAGAAGAAGAGAAGAAAGUUCGACAAGAAGAUAAGGUAUGCUUCUCGCAAGGCUAGAGCAGAUGUGCGAAAGAGGGUCAAGGGACGAUUUGUUAAGGCUGGUGAAGCAUAUGACUACGAUCCUCUCUGCCAAACAAGGAGUUACUGA